GAAAAGCACGCGUGCACCAUCUGCAAACGCGAGUUCCUGUGGAAGUCGAACCUGGCCACACACGAGGCUAGACACGCGGACGAGGGAGGCAAGCGGUUCACUUGCACGGUGUGCGGCAAGGGGUUCGGCUGGCGCAGCAACCUGAACAAGCACAUGGAAACACACGAUGCCAGCACGCCCAAGCACCAGUGCCCCGAAUGCAAUCACAAGUUCGCCAGCAAGAGUGGUCUUACUAUGCAUAUGGCCAAGCACUACGAUCAGGGCAGGUUUGUCUGCCAUGUUUGCAACAAAUCUUUCACGUGGAAGGCCAACUACAACGUGCAUAUGGCCUCCAAACACCCCGACGUCGACCGCAGUGCCUACUAUUCAUCUUCCUCAUCCUCUUCCUCAUCAACAUCCGAUCAUCACACCUUCCAUCCUCCGCCACAUCAGCUGAUUGAGCAGAAGACCUUCACCGACCUUGACUCGCCGGAAAAUCUGGAGGCCAACCGAUCAGCUGCUGCUUCACCGUUUGUCGUUGAGGACCAGAAAAUCCAAAAUGGCGGCUCAUUUGUCACAUCUGACCAGAAAAUGCAGAAUGGAAUGCGUGCCACCUGUGAACUGGCCUAUCCGAGUCCAGCAGCCUACUCAAUGCAGAUGGGGAAGGAUGCCUGUGAAUCAGUCUCGUCUGCCAGCAGGAUGAUGCCCAACUGUGAAUCGGUCUCGUCUCCCAAUAGAUUGAUGCCCAACUGUGAACCAAUCUCGUCUCCCGGUAGAUUGAUGCCCAACUGUGAACUAGUCUCGUCUGCCAGUAGGAUGAUGCCCAACUGUGAAUCGGUCUCGUCUGCCAGUAGGAUGAUGCCCAACUGUGAACCAAUCUCGACUGCCAGUAGGAUGAUGCCCAACUGUGAACCAGUCUCAUCUCCCAAUAGAUUGAUGCCCAACUGUGAACCAGUCUCGUCUGCCAGUAGGAUGAUGCCAAACUGUGAACCAGUCUCAUCUCCCAAUAGAUUGAUGCCCAACUGUGAACCAGUCUCAUCUCCCAAUAGAUUGAUGCCCAACUGUGAACCAGUCUCAUCUCCCAUUAGAUUGAUGCCCAACUGUGAACCAGUCUCAUCCCCCAAUAGAUUGAUGCCCAACUGUGAAUCGGUAUCCAAUAGAUUGGCAGCUAGUAGUGAAGCAAUGAAUUUGAGUGCUGCUCAUCUUCAGAUGUCGGCCUAUCACAGCAUGAACACACAUGCACUGGCUAGCUGAAAGCGAUACUGGCUGUGAAUCGGUCUUCGGUGAUGAUUUGUGGACUAUGCAUCAGUGUGAACUGGUCUUUAGGUAAAAUGUCUAAAGUGUCUGAGUGUGAACUGGACUUCAGACAAAGCUUGUUCUUUAGGUAAAUAUUGUGUAAAGUGUCUGAUUGUGAACUGUUCUUGAAACAAAGCUUUGCGAGUGGCUUACUGUGAACUGGACUACAGACAAAACACGAAAAGUGUCCCAGUGUGAACUGGUAUUGAGAUAUGACUUGGGAAGUGGCUCAGUGUGAUCUGGACUAGGGACAAACUUGUAAAGUGUCCCAGUGUGAACUGAGCUUCAUAUGACUUGGAAGUGGAAGUGGCACAGUGUGAUCUGGACUUGGGACAAACUUGUAAAGUGUCCCAGUGUGAACUGAGCUUCAUAUGACUUGGAAGUGGAAGUGGCUCAGUGUGAUCUGGACUUGGGACAAACUUGUAAAGUGUCCAGUGUGAACUGAGCUUCAUAUGACUUGGAAGUGGAAGUGGCACAGUGUGAUCUGGAC